GCGCGCCCCGCGCAUGGAGGCGAUGCCCUGUCAGAGCCCGCGGCUCGGGCCGCGCGCGCAGGACGAGCAGGCGGGGGGCGCGGGGGGCGCGGGGGGCGGCGGGGCCCGGCUGAUCCGCUUCGCCGAGCCCGGCCAGGACAGCGGCUGCCCCAGCCCGGACAGCAGCAGCGGCGGCGGCAACGGGAUCGAGGCGGCGCCGGCGCCGCCGAUCGGCGCGGGGGAGGGCGGCGCGGCGGCCAUCGGGCCGCAGCUGAAGCUGCUGCCCAUGAACGACCAGCUGCGCGAGCUCCAGACCAUCAUCAGGGACAAGAAAUCCAGUAGAGGAGACUUCGUAUUUUCUGCUGAUCGUCUGAUCAGACUGGUGGUUGAAGAGGGCCUGAACCAAUUGCCAUACACAGAGUGUACUGUCACCACUCCAACAGGACACAAGUAUGAAGGAGUCCGGUUUGAAAAGGGAAACUGUGGAGUCAGCAUCAUGAGAAGUGGAGAGGCCAUGGAGCAGGGGUUACGGGACUGCUGCAGAUCCAUCCGCAUAGGAAAAAUCCUGAUCCAGAGCGACGAGGAGACUCAAAGAGCCAAAGUGUACUAUGCCAAGUUUCCACCAGACAUUUACAGGAGGAAAGUUCUUCUGAUGUACCCAAUACUAAGUACUGGUAAUACAGUUAUUGAGGCUGUCAAAGUUCUUGUAGAACAUGGCGUUCAACCAAGUGUCAUUAUCCUGCUAAGUCUGUUCUCCACACCUCAUGGUGCCAAAUCCAUCAUCCAGGAAUUCCCAGAGAUCACCAUUUUAACCACAGAAGUUCACCCUGUUGCACCAACACACUUUGGACAGAAGUACUUUGGAACAGACUGACACACUUGGGGACAAACCGAUAUGACCAUGAUGGUACAAAAGUUUUUUGUUUUUUUUCUAUGUUUUAUUACUGUCGAGUUGGCUGAGGGCAUGUUUAAAAAUCCUUUUGGCCACAGGGGGAAAUACUUGACAUGGCUCAGGGCUGGUGCGUUACUGCCCGACUGCUGGGCCAGGGACAGGAACACUCUGCCAUUACAAAGUUGAGCAUCUCAAUGUCGAGGUUGUCUAAGUUGCUACACUCUCUGCUUUAACUUAUUUAUUCUAAAAGCCUGUCUUGCGGCUCCUUGAGAGAGCAAAAUAAAACAACUACAUCACAAA